GGCCAAGGGUCAGACUGCCGUCUUCCCGUUGGUCAUGGUGCAGCUGCGGCCGCGUCCGUCGCGUGUCCCCGCGCCGGCGGAGGCGAUGGUGGACGAGGACCAGGCGGCCUCGGAGGAGGAGGAGGCGGAGCACGGGCUGCUCCUCGGGCAGCCCAGCAGCGGCGCUGCCGCCGAGCCGCUGGACGAGGACGAGGACGGUGACGACGAAGCCCCGGAGGAGCUGACUUUCGCCAGCGCUCAGGCGGAAGCGAGGGAGGAGGAGCUGCGCGUGCGCGAGAGUGCACGGAGGGAUAAAACGCUGCUGAAAGAGAAGAGGAAGCGGCGCGAGGAACUGUUCAUCGAACAGAAGAAAAGAAAGCUGCUUCCAGAUGCUGUUUUGGAGCAACUAACUGCUGCUUCGGAGGCUGACAUAAAGAACUCACCAGGAAAUGUAAAAGUUAAUUUGAAAAAGAAAAGCGAACACAUUGCAAAAGGAAGAAACUCCAAGAAAGUUAAAAUACAAAAAGUGCAGUCUGUCAGUCAGACCAAAAGCUACUUGGCUGUAAGGCUAAAAGAUCAAGACCUGAGAGAUUCAAGGCAAGAAGCAGCCAAACACUUCAUCCACAAUUGUUUAUAUGGUUCAGAAUCCAAGAGGACUACUGUAAACAAGUUCCUGUCACUGAACAACAAGAGGCUACCAGUGAAAAGGGCCGCAGCCCAGUUUCUCAACGGCACUUGGGGUGCUCAGAAACAACAAAAUGCCAAGAGGUUUAAAAAACGGUGGAUGGCCAGAAAGAUGAAAAAGAAAAGUUAUAAGUGAAUUGAAAUAAAGCUAAAUGAAGAACCUGUACUUUGUAUGUAUACAAUUUAAGAUUAUUUGGUGUAGAAAGGACUGAUUUCUCAAAAUCUAGUUAUUCAUAAAUCAUUGUAAAGGAUCGUUAUAAAAACCAUAAACCUUUUUGUCUUGGAAAA